AUGUCAAAGAUCGCCUCUACCUUCUCGCGCCUUGUGCGCUUCGUUCCCAAGUCGAACCCCUCCAAGGUUCUGAUUGGCGAGCCCGUUGAUGCCCAGUUGGAUGUCGGAUUGGCUUUGUAUCAGGGCAAGGAUGUUUCAGUUCGCCCAUUCUCCGGCUCCUCGAUGCUCAACCCGGGCCAGGUCACCGACUCAACCGAGACCAUUGGCCGCAUCCUGUCUCCGCUGGCGCAAAGCGAGGUUGGAUCCAUUCGCUGCGUUGGCUUGAACUAUGUUUCUCACGCCAAGGAGAUGUCUCUCCCGAUCCCGGACGUGCCAACUUUGUUCAUCAAGCCCGCAACCGCUCUGGCCGAUCCCUUCCCGGCCCCAACUAUUCUGCCGAAGAUUACCCAGAUCGACAGCACUGGUGACUAUGAAUCCGAGAUGGUCAUUGUCAUCGGUCGUGAUGCCAAGGAUGUUCCUGAGUCUGAGGCCAUGGACUACGUGCUGGGCUAUACUGCCGCCAACGACGUGUCCAGCCGUACUUCGCAGAUGAACCAAAGCCAAUGGUGCUUUUCCAAGGGCUUUGAUGGCUCUUGCCCCAUUGGUCCUGUCCUAGUCUCCGCUGCUCUGGUGCCAGAUGCCAGCAAGUUCCAGAUCCGCGGUCUCAAGAGCGGCCGUGUGAUGCAGGACUGCCCCCUCACUGACUUGAUCUUCAGCGUUCCGCAGCUCAUCAGCUUCCUUUCCCAGGGCACCACCUUGCCUGCCGGUACUAUCAUCCUGACCGGUACCCCGCCCGGCGUCGGUGCAGCCAAGAACCCCAAGGAGUUCAUCAAGGCCGGUGACGAAUUCGCCGUGGAGCUCCUUCCUCACGUUGGCACACUGAUCAACAAGAUCGAGCACCAGUAA